GUGAGUAUGACAACCUGUGUGGCGUCUUCCCCGGCAGGGAGUUCACACCGUGAAGACGGAACCAUGAACACCUGUAGUGUCUAAAAGCCCGCGUCAGAACCGAACCAUGAAACUCGCCGCUGUGGCCUUUUACGGUUUCGCUCUGGGUCUCCUGGCGGUCGGCCUGCGGGAGCUGCUGACUGGCUUCGAGCACAACAGAUGCAGUAUGACCUAUAUGUUUGAAUACCCAGAGUACCGGCGUGUGGCUCUGCCUCGUCGUGUUGCCAGACUGUACCCAGCGUACGGGCUCUACCUGUAUGGAGAGGGUCUAUACGCCCAGGAGACCCGAGCGCUCAAACUCACCGGUGCCCCUGUGCUCUUCCUCCCUGGAAAUGCUGGCAGUUAUAAACAAGCUCGCUCCCUGGGCUCGGUGGCCCUGAGGAAGGCUGAAAACAUGGAGGGAGGUCUCCACUUCAACGUGUUCACCGUGGACUUCAAUGAGGAGCUGGUGGCCCUUUACGGUGGCAGUUUGCUCCGGCAGACACACUUCCUGCAUGAAAGCAUUAAGGCCAUCCUGAGGCUGUACAAGCAUCUGAAGAACCCUCCGCAGAGCGUGGCACUUGUGGGCCACUCCAUGGGAGGAGUGGUGGCUCGAGCGCUGUUCACCUUGCCCCGCUUCAACACCAACCUGGUCAGCCUCAUCAUUACCCAGGCCUCUCCUCACCUGGCUCCAGUACUGGCCCUGGACCCAUACCUGCUGGAUUUUUACUCUGCAGUGAGACAGAAGUGGGUGAACCAGGCGAGCAAACUCCGAAACAUCACAGUCCUGUCUGUUGGGGGUGGUUACCGUGACUACCAGGUCCGCUCUGGCCUAACAUCCCUUCCUUGUCCUUCAGGAGACCCCAAUAAGUUGUCACUGGUGGCAACUGCUGUUCCCAGGACAUGGGUGUCCACUGACCACCUGUCCAUUGUUUGGUGCAAAGAGCUGGUUCUUGCUACUGUCAGGGCAUUCUUCGACCUCAUUGAUCCUGAAACCAAACAGUUCACAGAAAACCCGGAGAAGAAAAUGGCUGUACUAAACCAUCACUUCAUCAGACAUCCUGUCAGGAUGUUGGGAGAAACUCAAGACACCUCCAUCUCCAUCUUAGAUUUUCCUGAAGUGUGGAGUGAAGUAAACACACUGCGUCUGGCUUACAGCACACCGAAGGAAGGACAGGUCAAAUAUUUCCUGUUUGCCCUGUCGAGUCGCAGGAAAGCCUACAGCCAUUUUUACUGUCGGAGCAACAAUCUGGAGAUGACAAGCUGGGUGUAUGGUUGCGUGCACAAGAACGGUUCUUCAUGUGUGCAUGCUGUAGAUCUGUCUAUGGGAACUGAGCUCCUGCCACCAUACAAGGUCCUGAUUCUGAGUCUCAGCGACUUGUCUACAGUUACUCAUCUAGUUGUUUCAGCUUCCAACCUCAAUGGCAGACAGUUUACGGUGGAGUGCGAGUGGCAGAGACAAGAAUCUCAGACUCUGUCUGUCCCAGUGCCACAUGUUCUGUCCUUCGGUUUGACUGUCAGCGAUGUCACAGUCAACUCCUCUGGACUUCUUCACACCAUUGAGCUGCAACACUUUCACCAGGUCUAUCAGGCUUUCAGAAUUAAUGUUGCAAGCCAGUGCAAAGUACAUAAAGAUCGAUUGCCCAAUGUGUACAGAAUAAUGGUACCGUGGUUUAGAGAGGACUCUUUAACCACAGUCAGUGUCCCCUCAGCUACUGAGAUCUCAGGGAUGCUCCAUACAAGUCGUCCAGACAACACCUCAGACGUCUUCCUUCAGCUCCACACUGCCCCCAACUGCCAGUAUAAGGUGUCGAUAAGGGCCUCCUUACCCAGGGUGCUGGGACAGAUACUGAGGUUCUGUGGUCCUAUGGUGCCAGUGUACACAGCUGUAACCCUCCUCCUGGCCUGUGGGGGGCAGCUGUCCUCCAUCCUCAAGACAAGGCGAACUCUGGGCAUGAGCCAGGUGGUGGGCAAAGGCCUGCAACCUCAUAAAGUCAUCCUGCCUGUUUAUAUUCUGCACAUCUUACGUAGCUGUAGCUGGUUUCAAGAGGUCUGCUCCAUUCUUUGCCUCCCCCCUAUGGAUGCCCUCCCCCCAACCUUCCCUGAUGCAACGUUUCACGAAGGCGUGGUACCAGUUGAAGAAUGGCCCCACCUGCUGUCCCCUCUGCUUUACAUUUUGGGGGCAGCUGUGGCAUACUGGGGGAGCACAAUGCUGUGUCUCAUCAUGCGACUGAUCUCAUUAAUAUUAGCUCCAUUACACAGACCUUCUGUCUCCAGAGAUUGUGGCACCCUGCGACUGCAGACCCAGCUACUCAUCACUCUCUGUCUGACUGUUAUGGGUGGGACGUCCUGUGGAGCACUGUCGAUCUUUGCCGCCUUUCUGCUCCACCUUUAUAGGGUACUAAGGCUACAGAUGACAGAACGGUCUUUGAGUCACAUGCUGAAUCUGGCACCCCGGAAGCACAAAGAAGCUGAGAAUGGCACAGUCGAUGCUAAGUGCUUGAACAGAUCUAAAGAAUGUAAUGGCUACCCCCUGCUCUCUGAGUGUGCUCUACAGGAGGUGAGGGAUGACCUACAGCUCCACCUCUGCCUAUCGGCGAUCUUCACGCUGCCUGUCAUGCUCAGUGCACCUUCACUCAUCCACUGGAUCCGCAACCUGAGAUAUUCUACCCAGUUGGAUCCUGAUCCUUGUUGGCCACACAUUGUGCCUGUAAUUAUUAUGUACAUGCAGCUUAUUAACUGCAACACUUCAAAACUCUGCGACAGUAAACUCCUGCCUCUGACUUCCUGCCUCCCUCUGCCCUUGGCCAUCACCCUGGUGACCUUCUCUCCUCUUCACCUCUACAGAGUCACCUACAUCCUGUUGGCGACACUCCUCCCUCUGGCCUUGUGUUGUCUGCUCUGACGGUAUCUGGCUGGUUUCAGUCUUCAUCACUACCAUAACAAGCCUUUCUCUAAGUUACAGCCUGACUCACCGCAGCUGGUUGAGACUGAUUUGUACCGAAAAGACUUGAUGUAUCAAACUGCCAUGGAGCAGAGCCAUAGACAUACAUAGCUUGGGGAACUGCUGCUCAAUGUUAGCACUAAAAGCUCCAUGGCAAUUACACUACGUUUUAAAAAAUUAGAAGAUGUAAAGGCCUUGGAACAUUUGGUGCAAAUAUGGCUCUGUUGGAUUGACCUGAAACCAAGUUUGCCUUACUCUGUAUAUCUAUAGCUCUGCCUUCAAGGAGCAAGAACUCCGCAACCAGUUAAGCUACUGAUAAUAGAGAUUCUCAGAAGGGUGUUACUGUUAAAAUGUUUUAAAUUUGUUUUUGUUGUUUCUAGUGUCUAUAGUGGCAUUGCUCACUGUGGCCACCAUGCUGUAAACUUUCUCACUGCCUGCUGCUUAGCAAUGACUUACAGUGUGUAACUGUCACCUAUUGACUGUCGGGGCACCGCCACAAAACCAGUGGCAGUGUCAUACAAUCAUUCCAUGAGAAAAAUCCAAAGUAAUCAUGUUAACGUUCUCCCAUCAUCAUUUUUCAAAACACAACAAUGACAAUGGCAGCAAAAUGAAGGUUUGCACUGGAAACGGCUUGAGAACAUAUGCAGGUUCCACUGUGUCUCUCAUUUUUCAGAAGAAGAUUAUAAUCUACUGCAUGUUCUCUACAGGGCAGUGGUGUAGCUAAUUUUCAUAGGAGUGGUCAGACGGAGAACAGUAUUCAUUUGGGGUGGCACAUAAAUCUAUGUCUUAUCUUGUCUUAGUUGUAGUUUAUUAUAGUUAGUCACACUUUGAUUUACUUAGUGUAGGCAAUAGUGACUGUUACAUGGCUAGGGGCUGAUCUAAAAGAAGCACCUAAAAUAGUCUUUUAGGCAGAAAUAAUAGUGACACAUUUUCUUAUUUGAAAGAAAUGAGCCAAGGACUGUUGUGCACGCAACAAAGCUUUGUGUCUCUACUUUACUAAUCAAAACUAGUCCAUCACAGCCCUCCAUGUUUAUCUGUUCUCUUGAUACAUUCAAGAUAAUCUGCAUUUUCAGAGCACAAUUAAACAGUCAUGAUAUACGCAAUGUCAACCUGCUGCUCUGAGUCUCUCUUUUUAACAGAAAUACUGUUCUCACUCUUCAAUUCUGAUUGUUGCUCAUUUGCUGUUCUUGCAAAACUGCUCUCAGUGAAACUCAAAACGUCCUGCACAGAUGUUUCAAAUUAAAACCUUCUCAGUGGGUCAUAAUUCCUUUUUUUCCUGUUAGGUUUUUGAUGUGAAAUAUCAGUGCAGGAAGUGUUUAGUUACAUUGGCCCAAGCUCAACUUUGGUUGAGAAAAUGGCAGGGUAGCAACAAAUUAAUUAGUGAAUGAAAAUAAUAUUUCUGAUUUUUAAAAAAAGAAACUUGGUUGCACUGAUAGAAUUAAUGCUGUUUAUGUGUAUAUUAUGCUGAAUUUACAAUCCAAGCACUGCUAAAAACUGUCCCCAGUGGUGCUGUGUCAGUCCAGCAAUUGUUUAGCACAAAAGAAGUGACCUGAAAGCGGUGCUAAAUGGCGCCGCCCUUUGCUCCGCCUCUGCUUCAAUAUCAUCAAACACAGCUUGCUUCCGAUCCAAUUGCUCCUGUAAAUCUGUGAUCUCCUUGCCAGCCUUUUGAAUUGCCAGAUUAAAAAACAAGCACCUCUGAACAGGGUCGAGCUCACGGAGACAUUUUUAACCCACAGUGACUUUCAAAAACAAGCUAACUAGGCGCCGCUCAUUUUAGUCUGGCAGGUUACCAGCAAAAGCAGUCGCCUGUUGCACAAAACAAGCAGCUGGCAGAGCUGUAUUUUAGAAUCUCUAAUCUAAUUCACCUUCUAUGUGGCUGUGUAAUAUAGGAACAAGCUCAGUUGCAUCCUCUAGAAGACCCCUAAUGUUACAAGACUCAUGGUGCCAACCAAUAUGUGUAUCAUGCGUAUACUUCUGCACAUUACAUGUAUUUGAGUGACGUAGAUACAUUGUAUACAUACAAUGUUGAUAACCUUUUUAAGAGUUAAUCUUUAUUUUUAAAUAUGUGUGUGUGUGUGUGUGUGUGUGUGUGUGUGUGUGUGUUUUCAUGUCUUGCCACGCACACCCACACUAAGUGUUUCUCUCUCUAUCUCUCACACACACACACACAGACACACACACACACAAGCCUACUCCAAUCUGUCAUUGUGUGACAAAUUAUGCUUAACAGACAAUUUGCAUGUGGGGAUGGGACAGAUCUCAAAUAUUCAUUGAGUUUUUAUGUUAUGGACACGCAUCCACAUGCUUGAACUACAGACAAAGCUAGUCUCCUGGGUUCAUACUGACUGUAAUUGCUUUGGUUGUUGCUAUUUUUAUACAAUUCGGGCGGAAGGUGUAUGUUCUUCUUGGUGACGCUUUGGCCUAGAAAAGUUUAAAAAGCAGACUACUUACGUUGUCUAAGCCUUGGAUUUAUGUUCAGUAGAAGAUUAAGGGAUGUGUGCUCAGUAUUGCAGCUGAUUCAUAUGGACAGUAUGAUUCAAGCUUCAAGUAACAGCUUCAAGCUUUUAAAGGAAGAUUUUUGAACCUCAUAGCGUAACUGGAGUUUGCUUUGCGCUCAUGCAGUAUCGGGGUUAUUAAGGGAAUUGGCUUCUAUCUCACGGUUACAGUUUAUGAAGGUAGGGUUAGCUAUCCUAAUUGCAGGUGUACAGGUGAAUAUUUAUCAACAAGUAGUCCACUACCUUUUGUCUUUUCUAAUCAGUUGAAUUAAUCUUAACAAAACUGCUGGUCUUUGUGUCCUUUUUGCAAGCUGAAGUCAACUGCACAUGGAGCAGUGUAGCAAGUCUUGAAGUUAGAAAUGUGACCAUUUGAAUGUUUGAAUAGAAGACGAGGCUGGAGUUGUUCUAUAUUUUUCUUACUGUCAACAAAACCCACGAAAGGACCAAAACAAACAAUCUGUAAGUACAUCUCUCAAUAUUUUCUAACUUCCUUACCCUGUCUGUGGCUCUCAGUCCCAAACCAACUAUUUUUUUCUGAGGAUGUAAAUCAUUAAAAGCUGAUGGCAAACAGAGUUUCAUUUUUAAGAAUGGCUCAGUAAGUUCUCAGAACAGCUGGUAUGUUCAUGGCAAUGAAGGAACAUGUCACCCAGUGCAACAGUGUUGCUCACUGAUGUGCUUCUAAUAGUUUUUGAACAAUAGAUUCCUCACAGACAAAUACGAUAGAUCACACACUGUACUUGUUAUGAGGAUAAGUUAAUUGUUGAUGUUGGUUUUUUUGUGGGGUUUGUUGACAGAAAGGAAAUGUAGAAUAUAACUAGACCUUAAUGCAAGGUGUUAUAAGAAGAGGACAUAACAGUUGAUAACAUGAAUCAUUUUGGAUUUAAAUGGAAUGAACCAGAUUGGAAAUUCUGUCACCACAAUUGUUUCAAACCAUCAUGCAAAUUGUAGCAAUGAAAACUGUUUCCUUUGUGGUGGAGUGUGUUGUGUGUUUUGGGUGUGGUGUGCUGUAUUGGCAUAUGGGCCUAACAUUUUUUUGUUUGUUUUUUUGAUUUCAGGUUUUGUUGCCUGUGACUUUUUAAGCCAUUUAACUUCUGCACUCAGAAUGGCACGCCUUUGCCAUUAGAGUUUAAUGAAUCCACGUCAUAAAUCUGUGUAAUAUCGGAUGAUUUUGACUUAAAAAAUUGAAUGACUAGUGAUUUAUAAGUAGGUGUUCUGGCAUCUCCAUGAAGAUUUUUUUCUAUGACAGCAGUUAGCAGAAACACUUUGGGAAAUGAUACUAAAAGAUCAGGGUUUGGUGUCUCAUCUAAGAGUCGAGUUUUUUUAUUUUUUUUUAUUUUAUACCUGUCUGUGUUACAACUGUGUCUUACUGUUAGUGCUUUGUCUCACAUCUUCUUGCUGUUGCUCACACUCCCUCCUGCCAGUGAAGCAGCUGCUGUGCCUUUCUGCUUUCUCGUGUAUGCAGCAGUGCAUCUGUUUCAUACCUGCCUGUCAGUUCAAAAGCAUUCAGUCCUCCGUAGCAGUGGACUAGCUCAAUGAUAAAGGCCUAUAGUGAAUGUAAAUGUACUUCACUAUUUCUGUGUGAAUGUGUUGACUCACAAAUAUCCUCAACACAGUAGUAUGAUUUUAAAUUUGUAUGACUUUAUAAUUACUAGAUACUAAAGAUAAGUUCAUUAGGGACCAGUCACGCUUGCCCCUCAGGCAAGUAUACAAUCAUACAUCAACAAGUUCUGCAAAGACUCCACAGUUGUUCCCAAUGUGAAUGUACCUGCACUGAAUGUCUCUACGUGUGUUUGAAUUUUUACAGUACUAGUAGUAUAAGUGAUCAGCUUCUCUGUGCCCUUGUCUGUUUAGUGCAGUUUUAGUGCUUUGAGAUGCACAUUGGCUGCCUCGUUGUGAAUUGGUGGCAUACACUACUUUGCAGAACAAAUCAGUAGAGAUGAGAAUUAUGUUUUAUAUAAAUAUAAUUGUGAUUUAUAUCGGUGUUCACUGUGAUAAUGUCAUUCCAGAUGUUCAGAUGUACACUUGGGGGUUUUCCUUCCAAACUGAAAAAUCCACACUUGGAAAAAAAUGAUCGUUUUCUCACACAAACUGAUGUUUUGGAAUAUUAGGCAUUUAAAAAAAGGCUUUGUGUAUUUUUGUCUCUUGUCUAAAAUGGAAUAUCUCAGAUUUCAAAGUAAGACAAAAAAAUCAGCACAUAAAACAUGCAGCAAAUCUUUGUCAUAAAGGUUCCUUGAGUAAGUCCAGAAUUAGGUUGAAAACUUUAAAGUUGGUCUGAAAUAAAUCAGGGAAUCAGAUUCUCCAUUUCAUUAACACUCAACCUUAAAUACUGCCAUUUUAAAAACAGUAAAACAAACCAUGGUCCUGUUUUCUCUUGUUAUAGAGCAGCUGUGAUACAUGUGUCUAACGCCAUCUAACAUAGUUUGAAUCCAGACAAAGGAACAUUUACAAGGAAGAAGCAAGUGAACACAUUAUUUCUCUACUUUAAUAUUGUUGUCAGAUAUCUCUAUUAAAAUGGGUGUACAACAAGAUUAAGUUGAACAAACAUAUAAUUUAUGCAAAUCAAGUAAACUAUAAGUUGGUAAAAUGGCACCAUUAUUAAAAUAACGCCCAUCACAUCUCAUGUUAGUCUUAAUUUGACCUGACAUUUAAAUUAUAUAAUUCAGAACCCUACAAUUUCCGAAGCAAAAUAUUUUAGUUUCAAGUGUCUGUCAUGGUGUCUUUACUUUGUGUCAAAAAUGACUUGGACAGUUAAGUGUCAGUGACAGUUUUGUAACAUCUUAAAUGUCAGUCAGUAAAUUGAUCUUUUUACAAAAGGAUGAAGAUCUUACUGUCUUGUAACAAUAUUGUAUGCUUGAUAGUGGGUGAUAACUCUGUUUUUAGUAUCUAAACUUUUGCAGCACAUACCGUAGGAUCCCAUCAAACCAUCCUGUUGACAAAUUUCUGUUUAAAUUCCUAAUUUAUUACAAUGUGAUUUCUCACUUCUUUUUAUGAGCUUACUUUUUUUGUCUCCCAAUCUAUUUAGCAUUUGAAUUAAAAUCACACUAGGAAAAAUGCACUGUGUUCCACUCACUCGGAUUGAUCACUGUAAACAUCCACUUGACAAAUGCUGUGCAGCUGCCAAAAACUUAAAUUGCUUUUUUUUUGAAUAAUCAACCAUGAAAACAAAGACUAGGCUCUUCGUUCAACUGACUAAAAAAAGCUCUCAGUCAAACCAAAGUCCUUUUUGAAUCAAGCUUUGGAGCAAACACAAUUUUUUCACAGCGUAAGGUGCUCCUUAUUUAGGGAGUUUAUUCCAAUGUUGAAUUGGCAAGUCAUAAACAUGUUCUGAUGUUCUUGCAUUAAGGUAAGGUGCAAAUGUAGUACAAUACCACAGUAUGAAACAUGGAAACGAUAUAAAAUUCAGUACCAAAGUUGGUCACGGUUAAAAAUGUAGCACAACCUGAAUGCUCAUUGUGUUAAUAAUCUUAACUGUGGGACAGCUGCGAAAAUCUUCUCACGUUGGUUGUUUGUGCUCACUGUCACACGUCUUACCAAGUAAUGAAAAAUAUCUGUGUUUAUGUGGCAAUAUGAAAGUAAACCUCACACUAAAUGUUACUACUGUCUGUGCUUUAAAGUCUGGUAAACCUAUCAGUGUCCUUUAUUUUGCUUCUGCCUAGAGUGACUAUAAAACAUGUAACCUCCAGCUAGCUGGUCUUAGUUGUGCAGAACUACUUAGUCCUCUGACAUUUGCUAAUAUACUGUUCGAGCUAAUUAGGGGCAAGACAUGAAAACACAGGCCCUAUCACAUCUAAGGGAUAGUUUCUCUUCAUUUCUAUUUUCUGGUGAGGCUCUAGUGUGGAAGAGUAUUUAAUCCUCAGGUUAAAGCAUUGUGUCAAAAUUGAUUGCUUUGAUGUUUUUGUAUUUCUCACAUUUUUAUCUGAUGUCAUUGUAAAUGGGCAAACUGUGCAAUUUUUGGCACCAUUGU